CCUCCUCACCUCACCCAUCACGGCCCGAUCACCGCCCCGGCCGGUCUGGUCUCCCAAAUUGCCACGGGUGUGCCAGCCCACCGUGCCCUGUGUCUGAAAGCCAUCGACAUGGCGCGCAUAGUCUUCCAGAGCUUCCUGGUGGUGGUCGUCGCGGCGUGCCUCGCCGUGACGGCCCGAGCUGGGUCGGGGUGGAACAGUGCCUCGGCGACGUUCUACGGCGGGAGCGACGCCUCCGGCACAAUGGGUGGCGCGUGCGGGUACGGUAACCUGUACUCGACGGGGUACGGGACGAACACGGCGGCGCUGAGCUCGGCGUUGUUCAACGACGGGGCGGCGUGCGGGGAGUGCUACCAGAUCGUGUGCGACCACCAGAACAACAAGCAGUGGUGCAAGCAGGGGACGUCGGUGACCAUCACGGCGACCAACCUGUGCCCGCCCGACUACUCCAAGCCCAACGACAACGGCGGCUGGUGCAACCCACCGCGCCAGCACUUCGACAUGGCCCAGCCCGCCUGGGAGAAGAUCGGCAUCUACCGCGGCGGCAUCGUCCCCGUCAAGUUCCAAAGGGUGUCGUGCUCGAGGAGCGGCGGCGUGCGGUUCACGAUCAACGGCCACAACUACUUCGAGCUGGUGCUCAUCUCCAACGUGGGCGGACCGGGUUCCAUCAAGACGGUGCAGAUCAAGGGGUCCGGGACGGGGUGGGUCACCAUGUCCCGGAACUGGGGCGCCAACUGGCAGUCCAACAACUACCUCACCGGUCAGAGCAUCUCCUUCCGGCUCACCGCCACCAACGGCAAGACCAUCGAGUUCUCGGGCGUCGCGCCGAGCAACUGGGGGUUCGGCCAGACGUUCACCAACGGCGUGAACUUCAACUAGCGCCGGCGCGCCCGCGACAGCCGCCGCCGCACGAAAUGCCAGCCGGCUCGUCGCUUGCCUUUCCUUUCAGUUUUACAUUUGGAGACUUGUCAAGAAAAGACCUUAUUUAGCGUCAUUUUGAUGGAAAUGUUAGCAACUUGAAUAGCGGCUAGGUCGUAGAGACAGAGGUCCGGCCGGGAGCUGGCGCAUGCGUAGUGUGGCUUGCAUGGCAGAGGUGAGUUCAUGGGUCCGUCCGGCCGGCCUGAUCGAGUGCCCGCCAUGCCUAUCGCUUUACGAUGAUUAAUUGUUGCUGAAACAAAAACAAAAUGUUAAUUCGGUCGUGACUGCUUUUGCUUGGACACGAGGUAAGUGUGGACUUAUCGAUCGAUGUGCCGAAAUGGCCCUUAUUGGAAGAAGCAAACCACAUGUGAGUUUACUGUUGACAGAUCGAUGCCUUUAAAAAAAAAAUGAAAUGGCCAUGAAUGGUUUUAACCAAUCAUUGGGCUUCGCUUUCUGACAUUCGGACUUUGACCGCGGUGAAAAAAUGGAAUAUCGACGAGUGUUUGUCAUGAGAUAAAAGGUGGCUAGUCCAAAUGGUAUGGUGC